CUUACCCUGCCACGAAGCUCAUUAUAGGAAGGUACUUCUGGGCUCACCCAACUGAUAGUUCUUGGGCCUGCCUGGUUGUUGGAUCAUUCUACGACGCUGAUGACCGUGAAGUUCGGCGCAUUGAACUUUUUCUCGGACAUCGAAGUGAUAACAGCUACAGUCCCGAGGCUGAUAUUUUGGAAAUUGAUACAUACAGAAGCGACAACUUCCCAUUGUCAAACCAAGAUCUUGUCUUCACUGAAGACGGUUAUCUGAUUCUCUCCGCUGGUAUCUGCAUUGAUCUUGACUCGUACCCAUUUGUGACAGAGCUCGAACCUGCGACAUUUACGAUUCGAGAAACAACCCCCGGAUUCAACGCAGGUCUUCACUACCAUAUUCCAUCUACUCAACCUUUCGCUGCCAUGGCUGGACGCGGUGGCUGGAACACGCAGUUUGGCUGGGAUGACGGUGUACCACUUAUGUCGAGUAUGCCAAAUAUGCCAGGUAUGCCAGGUAUGCCAGGUAUGCCAGGUAUGCCAGGUAUGCCAGGUAUGCCAGGUAUGCCAGGUAUGCCAGGUAUGCCAGGUAUGCCAGGAAUGCCAGGAAUGCCUGGUAUGCCGGGAAUGUAUAGUAUGCCUGGUAUGCCUUUGGGAGGAUAUGGGCCUGCUGCUAUGGCCCCAAUGGCCCCAAUGGCUCCAAUGAACCAAAUAAACCCAAUGAACCCCAUGAUGAACACCGCCGCCUAUAGCAUGCCAGGAACAUACCAACCAGCAGGAGCACCAGGCUAUCCGUUUCUACAAUAUGGACAAUACCCAGCCGCACAAUACCCUAGCAAUGGCUACUAUGCAAACCAACGCCUUCCACAGCCACAUCCUCGCGUGAGCACCCAGUACCCAGGCAUCAACUUAGUGAACUCAACUGGUGGGGCAGGCUGUGAGCCGGGCUACAACUACAUCUUCCAUGACGAGCAUGUCAAGAUUCACGUCAUGAGAUCACCAGAGCCUCCAUGGAGAACACACGGGUUGCUUCAACCAUUUGCCAAGUUUGUGGUACCCACCAACACGACCAUUAAGGAGCUCAUGGGGCGCCUGGGUGCCGUCAACCCGGACCCUAUGCUGAACAGAAUCACUGAGAUUAAGCAGGCAGGCGAUGGCAAAUGGAACCGGGGAAUGAUCUUCACAGGUGACCAGGAAGCCGACCUCAAGCUGACGCUAAAGGAGGUCAGCUGGGAUGGCACGCGAGACGGUCGCGGGAAAGACGAAGUCUGGGUAUGGGUUACCUCGGAUUAAUUUUGCUAGUCUGUCUCGCAGAUUGGUACCAUUCGCAUCUGUUCAAGCUUGAUUUGUCGGAAGAUUGGGAAGGGGCUCUGUUUGGUGAUGAUUUCGGAACGGUUCUCGUUAUGUA